AUGUUUGGUAUGUUUAUUUUAAACACAGUAGAUGUUUUUUACUCUUUUCCCUCAGUGGCCAACGACAUGCAUUUUUUUCCGGUGACUGUUUCCUUCCCACCCUUCCUCUAUGUGCCGUGCCAUCACGUUGAUCCUGCGAAUACACUUGGAUCUUCCACUCCUACGUGCGUUUUUCCACUCGUUUCGAUCUUCCCUCCUUUUUGGGUAAGCUUUGUUUAUUUCGUUCAUCCUGUAAACAACAAAAAAAACCAGUUCCCAAUUAGGACGGUCCGACUGUUACAUAUUCUGUGUGUAUUUUCAGAGGUUUUUUCGUCGCCGUUUUUCCGUUCUCCGCCCCCCUGCCAAUUGGACCUUGGACCUCUACGUCUGCUUGUUGUCAUCUGUAAGCGUGUGCUUCCCUCCUGAAAACCCCCCUUUUGUUCAUAACGUUGCCUUGUGGUUGCUAAGCUCUUCUUGUUCAUUUAAACCCUUAUUACUUGCAAACACGCCGUUUUGUGCAUUUAUAAUACAUAUUAUGCUUUAUUUUUGCAGACGUCAUCGUCCUCGGUUAUUCGUUUUUGGUGUCAUUUUUUCAACUUCAUACCCACACGCUAUGGACUUCCUCAACGUGUCAUCGUGGAAUUAUUUUGCUUUUAUCUGUUACUCCAUAUUUUUAAUAAAUAACCUCGUCAUUUUUUCCUUCUGUCACGAAUCUGAUGGGUUAAACCUCCCUUUACAUCUACUACUUUUUAUUCUCAUUUCCUUGUGUUACUUUUUUUACAGCUACCAUGUCAUCUGCCAUCACCCGUAUGCCAAGCGAUCCUGUUUCGGACGAUCUCAUCCUGAAAUACGGCGAUGUUUUAAUCCAGCAAGGUUGUUUGGCUGGCUUCCAUUUAGGGACUCCUUCAAAUUGGAGUUGGCUUUCUACAGCAAUGAAUACCCUCCGGUCGGUUGAUGCUCUCUGCACCCGUUUUCGCAGGCGUCUUCUUCCCGCCUUUCUUGCCGCUCCUUCCUCCCACUACGUGUAUUUGCACGCGGUGUACAGUGAUCAGUUGUAAGUUUUUUUUUCUCGGUUACUUUUUCGUUUUAUGUUUUGUUUUUAGCAAGCUGAGGUUUCGAAACGUUGAUGCGGGGAACUACCCUAACGUCAGACACUAUUUGGAACUUUGUGGUCUCAACAUUCCCAUGGUCCCACGUCUUGUUUUACCCGUCGCCGUGCUCUCUUUUGUGUUCAAUUCUGCUAUCGAUGGUUGGCUUCAGACGUCCCCCUCUGUUCGUUCUCCCGUCCUUGUCUAUCCGAAUCUGUCGCCCGGUCGUUCUGCUCUGAAUUCUUCGACCCACCGCUCUGAUCGCCCUCUCACUCAGGCUACGGAUCGUCCUCCAGCAGCUUUUAUUCCACCAAGCGCGCAUUCUGGUUCCAUCCCGUCUGCGCGUCAAUCUGUGUCUGGUCAGCUGAAACGUCAUUCUACUGUGGUUUCUGCACGUCCCCAUUCUGGCGUGAAAAAGAAUUUGACUAAGCGUUCUGCUCGAGGUAUGCCUUCUACUGUCGUGUCUCCACCUCGAGCCUGCGAUAUUCCAACCUCCACGGAUCCCGUGCUGUUUACACUAGGUAUAUAAAAUUCCUUUUUUAAUGCCCUUUGUUCAGAUACUCUCGUGGCUGGUACCUUGGUGAAGCUUAUUGAUGCCGUUGUUGACUCUGUCGAUGGUCCCUCCAGUGCCCCCAUUCUUCCUUGUGGUACUGCAUGUAUGUUUUUUUACAAUUUGGUGUACUUGAAAUUCGGACAUUUACAUAAAGGUGCACACCGUAUGUUAUAACGGUGGAACUAAAAUAUCGUAUGUUUUAGGUCAGUCCCCAUCAACUCCUAACUCGUUGUAUGAUGAUUCGUUUGAUUCUAUUGAUUUCAAUAGUAUCUUUUCGGGCAGCGGUUGUCUUGCUUCCCAACCUGGUCCCUCUAAUGUCGUUGUUCAUGAUCACUCCUGGGGUCAAUAA